AUGUAUUAUCCACAGUGCAACGUUGUUUUACGCCUCGCUAUAGGUGUGCUCUUAAUAACCUCGUUGGGAAGAGUCUGUGCGUCUAGUGAUAACGCCCGUUCCAAAAUUGCUGGACGACGUGCUUUGGAAAACGAGGCGAAUUGGCAUGUUGCCAUUGUCCAUGAGAAACAUCUUAAAUGCAGUGGCUCGCUUCUCAGGAACAAUAUCGUCCUUACCUCUGCCGAAUGUAUUAAGGAUUUAGACAUCUUAGAUUUGAAAAUACGAGCAGGAAGCAAGACUUUCAAACGUGGUGGCCAAUUGCGAGCAGUGGCCGAGAAGGUGUACCAUCCCCAAUAUAAUCCGGCAGAACAUUCAUAUAAUAUAGGCCUGCUUAAGCUUAAAAGGGCUUUAAAUUUUACACAGGACAAUGUUUAUACGGUUAGAUUGCCCACGGCAAAGCGACUAGAGUUGCCAACCUCUGUGUUCGUCUAUGGCUGGGGUAUCUCGAGUUUAAAUGCCAACAAAACUUUGACUAGGCACUUGCGUGUUGCCAAAUAUAGAGUGUAUUCUGAAGAUAUAUGUCAAAGUUACUUAUCAGCAAAAGAUAUCAGCAAUGCCGAAAAUAUAUUUUGCGUCGGAGAUCAAGGCAAGGAUUUGGAAAUCUGUAAUGACGAUGUUGGCGCCCCGGCAGUGAAUAAAAAUGGAGUUCAGUAUGGGACUAUAUCGUUUGGAGGAAAAUGUUCGUCGCAGAAAACAAUUAUAGCUACCAAUUUAGUUCCACACUUGUCAUGGAUUCGGGAGAAAGUUAAUGCUUGGAGAGGCCAAAAUGAUAUAAAAACACCAGUUGAAUAAAACUCUUGACUUUAUUGUACACAUACAUCAAUUACAGAAUUACAAUAAAAAGCCCUAACCAUAUCUCAACUGACGCAAA